GAGGGGAUGGCGAGUUACCUGUACACCGCCUACCACCCCUACUCCUACCGCUACCCGCCGCCCAAGGGCAAAGGGGGAGCGGCGGGCGGCUGGCGGCCCCGGGGCAGCGGCUACUUCUCGGGUUACGGGGACGCGGCGGCGGCCGCCGAGUACUUCGACAACUACCAGCGGGCGCAGCUGAAGGCCAUCCUGUCCCAGGUCAACCCCAACCUGACGCCGCGGCUCCGCAAGGCCAACACCAAGGAGGUGGGCGUGCAGGUGAACCCGCGGCAGGACGCCUCGGUGCAGUGCUCGCUCGGGCCCCGCACGCUGAUGCGCCGCCGCCCCGGCCCCGCCGCGCCGCGGCCCCGCGAGGCGGAGCAGGAGCUGGGCAGCCCCGCCACCACCAGCACCCGCGCCGUGCGCUUCCCCCGCACCAUCGCCGUCUACUCGCCCAUGGCGUCCCGCAGACUCACCGCCUUCGGAGGAGCCGAGCGCGGAGCCGGAGCAGCGGCCGCAACAGCAGGACAGGGUGGCGGCGGCCGUCGAGGAGGAGCCGGCCGCGCUGAGGGAGCAGCGGGAGGCGGAGGCGGCCGCCGUGAGGGCAAGCUGGGAGAAGCCCACCGAGGGGAGCCGUCGGCGGGCAAGACCCGCCUGCGCUUCCAGUUUCUGGAGCAGAAGUACGGGUACUACCACUGCAAGGCCUGCAACAUCCGCUGGGAGAGCGCCUACGUCUGGUGCGUCCAGGGCACCAACAAGGUCUAUUUUCGGCAGUUCUGCCGGACCUGCCAGAAGUCCUACAACCCGUACCGUGUGGAGGAUAUCACCUGCCAGAGCUGCAAGCAGACGCGGUGCACCUGCCCCGUGAAGAUGCGCCACGUGGAUCCCAAGAGGCCCCACCGCCAGGACCUCUGUGGCAGAUGCAAAGGGAAACGCCUCUCCUGCGAUAGCACAUUCAGUUUCAAAUACAUCAUCUGAGUGGGAUAGGGGCUUUUUUUGGUUUUGUUUAGGGCUCUUCUAGAAAACUGCAAGUAGAGCAGAUUUUUUUGUUGUUGGUAUUGCUGAAGAUACUCAGUGAGGUGUAGCUAGGAAAGCAUGAAAAUAAAAGUAUUGCAAAGCAUACUCAAAUGAUCAGGUGGGU